CCGAAAAGCAAGCAUGCCUACUUUUUGCAUGCCGUGGCUCGCAGCGGGUCCGCCGAAGGUCGCCGCCGCAGUCGCCGCCUUGGCCGUCGUCGGCACGGUGACGUGGCGCCGCAACUUAAAGGCUUGGCCACCGUCGCUUGCGGUUUGGGUCACUGUCGCUGGCGGCGCCGCGCUUGUUGCAGCCUCAACGACCGUGCUCUUCAUCACAGCUGCCUUCCUCGUCGCCGCCGUUUGCAGCUGGCGGCUGUUCGGGAUGGCUGGCGGCCGAGACGACAAGAGCAGCUCGAGAUCCGCCGCCUCGCUCGAGCCUGCCGAACGUCGUUGCCGCCAUCGCACGCCGUCUCAGAUUCACCACCAGCAGUUCAAUUCGCAUAGCUGCUUGGUCCUGCUUUGCGCCUUUGGUAUGCUUGCUCCUUGCGAGGCUCGUCCGUCGCCACCUGUGUUCCCGUCGCAGCCAUCCCCGCACGCUCGACGCGAGCUCAACGACCGUCGCCUCAGCCCGGCGGUCUUCGACUACGCCGAUCCGAAGGAGGUCGCCACGCGGCUCAACUGCACCUUUGCCGGCGUCAUCGCCGAGGACCACUUCGACGCGGGCAUCGGCGCGGCCUUUGGCGUCUGCGAGGACGUCGCCGCGCCGCACACGCUGCACAAGCUCGCGAUCGCGACGCAGUGCGCCGACUUUGCCUACGGCGCGCGGCUCUCGCUCGAGGUGCGGCGCGUCGUGCGGGCGGCGCUCGUCGCCGCCGAGGCCGCCGCACGCAACUCGACGCUCGCCACAAGCACGACCGCCUCCGCGUCCUGGGGCAUCGUGCGCGUGCUCUCGAACGUGCCCGCCACCACCACGCCCACCACCAUCGGCGGCUUGCCCGCGCCGUCGCCUCGCCUCGCGGCCAGCGCCGCCGCGACGGGGACGGCGGCCUUCUCCGUCGGGACGGCGGCCUUCUCCGUCGGCGCCGAGCCGCGCACUUUCCUCGCCAUCCGCCUCGAGUACACCGACUACAGCCCCACCUACUGCUCCGAGGCGUGCGUGCGCGACGGCUUCACCCACCCGUCGGGCGUGCGCCAGCCGGGGACCGUCGAGUACGCCACCGAGCUCUCGUCAUACGAGAUCCUCGAGUGGACGUCCGUCGAGGUCGUCACGGUGCAGAUGGGCCAGCCCGUCUCCGCCAUCGCCGGCUGCGACAUCUUCCAGCAGGUCCUCCCCGCGACGAGCCUUGCCCUCUCGCUCAUGGCGACGCAGCACCCGAGCGUCUCGACCACCUCGUCGACGCAACACAUCGAGUUCUGGCUGCCGCACACCUCGGUCUCGCAGUGCUCGUGGGGCGGCCUCGGCCAGCUCGGCGGGCGGUACACGUGGGAGGUGCAGUACUCUGCGGGCGCCAACCGCAAUGGCAUCCGCGUGCACGAGCUCGGCCAUAACCUCGGGCUGCACCACUCGGGGCAGAUGGACGUCGACGGCAACGCGCUCAACGAGUACGGCGACUACUCGGCGGUGAUGGGCUCGAGCGCGCGCAACAACUGCCCGGGCUUCGUGCUGCCCAACCUGAUCACGCUCGGCUGGCUCGAACGCAACACGCACACGCGCGACUGGGGCGGCGCGGCCGUCGUCGCCAUCUCCGACCUUCGCGUCGACCCCUUUGCCUCCGGCUCCGCGGGCGGCGCGCUCGCGGCCGGCCGCACAUACGGCGUGCGCCUCCCCGUGGCGGGAUCGAACAUGGCCGUGUGGGUCUCGUACCGCACGGGCGCAGGGCUCGACGCCACCCUCUCGAGUGCGGUCAAGGGCCGGCUCUCGGUCCAUUACGCGCCCGCCAAUGGCGAGCGCAACACGCUCACGUAUGCCCUCGGCUUCCCUGCCGUCGGCACGCCCUUUGUGGUACGGCCGCAGCGCGCGUGGGCCGCCUGCUCGAGCGGCGGAUGCGUGCAUGCGCUGCAGAUGUGCACCGCCGGCGCCGCCGAGGCGAUGGUCGCUCUCGUCGUCGAGGACUCGGACGACGCCGCCAUCGCCGCCGCGCAGCGCCUGUGCGCCACGCCAUCGCCGCCGCCUCCGUCCGCGGCUCUCAUGGCUCCGCCAUCCGCGCCACCAUCCGCGCCCUCGCCAGUGACCUUUGUCGCUAGUGCACCCGGGGGCGACUGCAUCGACGCGUGCUCCGCGCUCGGCUCCACCUGUGUGAAGGCUCGCUUCCCCCAGACGGCCGACACGAUCGAGGCUGCGUUUGCAUCGAUGGGUCUCGGCACGUGCACGGCCUCGAGGCGUUGUGACGCGGGCGAGUGCCCGCUCCUCGGCUGGGACGGGACCAUCACGGGAUGCUACUACUGCCCCGACGAGAAUUGGUACACAACCAACAACUGCUACUCCAAAGCUGGCAGCCGGGUGCGGAUGUGCCCAUGCAGCGGCGAGCUUGUCGUGCCGCCGCCACCGCCGCCAUCGCCACCGCCGCCAGCACCUUUUCCAUGUGCCAGCGCAGUCGACCUGGGGGUGGCGGCACUGGCGCGAGGUGCGUGGGCUCAGGCGGCGACGCGCCGGGGUCGGUCGGUGGCUCGGUCCGUGGUUCUGGGGGACGGUGGGGGUGGAGGGGGUUCUUGCCAGGGGCGUCUCGUACCUUUGCGAGGCGGCGCAGGUCUCGCGCGCUCGCGCCUCUCGCGCCUUUCGGCCGCGGGGGUUCGUAGAGUGCGCCAGGCAGCGUAGAGGGCGGGGGAGCGUUUGUGUAUAAUCUUCUUGGCGUUUGAGCCGCUCGUACUAGAACAUGAG